AUGGCAGUGACAACCGUGAAGAAAUCCAUAUCUGAAAUGAUUGAAUCAAAUUCGUCUGGAAAGUUUAUGGUUGUUGCUAAAAUCGAGGCCAUUGAUUUGGAGAAACCAUGGUAUUACACGGCCUGCAAAAUUUGCACAAGAAAAAUGGAUAGACUGUUAAAUGGUAUUGAGGGAGUCAAUCAAAAUAUUCACCAGAAUCCUCAAUACAAUUGCAAAAGAUGUGGAAAGGAUUUUGAUUAUGGUAUUAACUGUUACCACUUGGUUGUACGUGUUAGCGAUGAAUCAAAUGUUGAAGCCAAGUCUGUGCUUUUCAACAAUAUCGCGGAUAAGCUAAUUAGAAGACCUGCGUUUCAGUUGGUCGAAGAGGCUCCUCAGGAAAAUCCACAUUUUGUACCACAAUCUCUAACUGAAUUGAUUGGGAGGAAAAUUCUAUUUAUGCUGACAAUCAAAUCUAAUGGUCAAAAAGAACAAAAUUCAGCAUAUGUUGUUGAUUCAGUUGUUGACAAUGCAGAAAUAAUCGAACUCUUUCAUCCACAUCCAUAUGUUGUCAUAUUUCAUGAUUAUGACUCGGAUGACGAGUUCCUGUACUUCAACCCAAACUUCACUAAAUCUCUCAAAUGGCAGUGGCUCUGUAACCAACAUGGACCCAUCGAGUAUAGAAACCGGAAACGUAAGAUAAUUGGAUCACCUCCAUCGGUGAAUUCAAAAACUAAACAAAAGAAAGCAAGGCCAGGUUCGAACAUUACAGGACCAUCGAGUUCUGGUCUUCCACCAUUGUUUGAAACAGAUUCAAAUCCUGAAGCUACUCAGUGUCCAAACCAAAACAAAACAAAUGAAUUCAUUCCUCCACCAAGGUUCAUCGUACAGGACCAUCCUGAAGCUUAUAAUAAUCGAUAUGAAAUGGAGAGUGAGUCUGAAAAUGAAGAUGAAUAUGACGACAAUCAGACUUACAGUGGCUAUCCUGGUGGAGAGUCUUUGAUAAACCCAUCACCACAACAUAUCCCACAACAAGAAAAUAAUACCGUUACUUCAUCUAUUACUAUAGGGUUACAAAAAAACGGUUAUUACGACGAAGGGGAUCCAGUUUGGAAUUGUAGGUUUUGUCAAGCAUACAUGUGGUAUGGUGAAAGAAUUGGAAAACGCCGUCGUAGCAAGAAACCUGUCUUCUCAAUGUGUUGUAAACAUGGAAAAGUUGUGCUUCCUCGCCUCGCGAAUCCUCCAGUGGAGUUAAUGUAUUUGUUAUGCAAAGGAGACGAAUUAAGUAAACAUUAUCGAGAGUUUAUACGAGCUUACAAUAUGAUGUUCUCUUUCACAUCACUUGGGGGGAAGAUAGAUCAUUCUAUUAACAAUGGUCGUGGACCAUUUGUUUUUCGAAUGUCCGGUGAGAACUAUCAUCGUAUUGGUGAUAUAGUUCCCGAGCCUGGACAAGCUCCAAAAUUCUCCCAGCUGUAUAUCAUUGAUACUUUAAAUGAGAUAAAAAAUAGACUUGAAGCUUAUGCCGGGUCGGACGGAGCUAGCGCUAAGAAACUAAGAGAACCACUUGUUCUUCUUCUGCAGAAUAUGUUAGAUCAGUAUAAUCCUCAUGUUAAGGCUUUUAGAUCUGCAAGAGAUAGGUUCGACGUGGAAGGAUCAACAGGUUAUAGGAUGAGGUUGAUUGAAAGUCGGCAAUCUGAUGGACGGACCCAUAAUCUGCCCACUGCAAAUGAAGUUGCUGCUUUGAUACCUGGAGAUUUUGUUUUGAAUAUGGAGCCCCGAGAUAUUGUUCUAGAGAGUACAAGUGGAAAGUUGCAAAGGAUAAGUGAAUUACAUCCGGCGUAUUUGCCUCUGCAGUAUCCACUAUUGUUUCCAUAUGGAGAGGAUGGUUUUCGAUUAAAUAUUCCAAUUGGUUUUGAAGACACGGCUGGGAGAAAACGCAAAAAUGUAACUAUGCGUGAAUACUUUGCAUUUCGCAUUUUAGAGAGGAAGGGGGAAGCACCCACGAUUACGAGAUCCGGAAGAUUGUUUCAUCAGUUCCUUGUGGACGCCUACACAAUGAUAGAAUCGAGUAGACUGCGUUACUUAUGGCUGAAUCAGAAAAAACUCCGGUCAGUUAGUUAUGAUGCAAUCCAGAAGGCAGCUGCAAAAGGCGGAGCUAAGAUGGCUGAGCAAGGGAGCCGAAUUUUCAUCCCAGCAACUUUCACUGGAGUAAAACGUUAUAUGAAGCAGCAUUACUACGAUGCCAUGGCUUUGUGCAAGUACUAUGGAUUUCCAGAUCUUUUCAUCACUUUUACGUGCAAUCCAAAAUGGCCUGAAGUUACAAGGUAUCUGAAAAAAUAUAACCUUACCACUGAAGACAGACCUGAAAUUUUGUGUAGAGUUUUCAAGAUGAAACUCGAUAAUCUUAUUGAGUUUUUGACAAACAAGGACGGCUCCUUAUUUGGCCCAGUUUCUGCAGUAAUGUACACGAUUGAGUUUCAGAAAAGAGGAAUGCCACACGCCCAUAUUCUCGUCUUCAUGCAAAAUGGAGCCAAAUUUCCAACAGCUGAUCAUAUAGACACUAUUAUAUGGGCUGAGAUACCUGACAAGACGGUAGAUCCAGACCUGUAUGCAAUCGUUGGGGAUUGUAUGAUGCAUGGUCCUUGCGGUCCAGCAAAGAAGGAUAAUGUAUGUAUGGUUAACGGUAAAUGCUCUAAGAUGUUUCCAAAACGACUGAACAUUAGGACAUCGAUUGACGCAAAUGGAUUUCCAGCUUACAUGCGUCGUAUUGAUGGUAGGUUCAUUGAGAAAAAUGGAAUCAGAUUAGACAAUGGAUAUGUUGUACCUUACAAUAGAAACCUCAUGCUUAGAUAUCACGCGCAUAUGAAUGUCGAGUGGUGCAUCCAAACGCGUGCUGUUAAGUAUCUUUUCAAAUAUAUCCAUAAGGGACCUGAUUAUGCUUCAGCUGCAAUGGAUAAAGAAGAUGAAGAUGGCGUCAUUGACGAAAUCAAAAUAUAUUACGACUGCAUAUAUAUAACUGCAUGCGAGUCAUCGUGGCGGGUUCUUGCUUUUCCUACACAUUUUCGUACUACUUCUGUAGAGAAACUUGGAUUUCAUCUCCCUGAUCAGGAGCUGGUGUUUUUUGAUGAAGAUGAACCUAUUGAGAAUGCUUGCUAUGCUUUGGGUUUGAUGGAUGAUGACAAGGAAUACAUAGAAGCUAUCAAAGAUUGUAGUGAUAAUAGUUCUGGCACGUAUGCGAGGAAGCUUUUUUCGAGAAUGUUGGUAUCCAAAACAUUAUCUCAGCCUCAUGUUGUGUGGGAAGCUACUUGGGAGUAUCUAACCGACGAUAUUCUCUACAAGAAACGACGACAAACUGGAAAUUCCGAGUUGAACUUGACCAUAGAUCAUAUCAAAAACAUUGCUCUAACCGAGAUUCAAAAUCAUUUGCUUAGCAAUGGUCGUAGCCUCCAGAAAUGGCCUCUAAUGCCAAAGCCAGAUGAUUUUGGUUGUUACAACGGCAAUCGCCUUAUAGAUGAUGAGCUUAAGUAUGUUGUGGAAGAUCAGCUAAAGGAAAAUGAAAGACUUAUGGCGAUGAUAACAUAUGAGCAAAGAGGGGUUUACAACGAGAUUUUGGAUGCAGUUUUAUAUGAUAGCGGUGGAGUGUUCUUUCUUUAUGGUUAUGGAGGCACAGGUAAAACCUUCGUAUAUAGAGCACUCUCAUCAGCAAUCCGAUCUAGACGUAUGAUUGUUCUAAAUACCGCAUCCAGUGGAAUUGCUGCAUUAUUGUUGGAAGGAGGUAGAACCGCACAUUCCAGGUUUGGUAUUCCGAUAGAUGCCGACGAGUUUACUACUUGUAAGAAAAUGGAGCCAGGAUCAGAUCGUGCAGAAUUAGUUAAAGCAGCAAAGCUCAUUGUAUGGGAUGAGGCGCCUAUGAUGAGCAGACACUGUUUCGAGACUUUGGAUCGUUCUAUGUGUGAUAUUAUAAGAUCUUCUGAAGACAAACCUUUUGGAGGUAAAGUAGUUGUUUUCGGUGGAGAUUUCAGACAGAUUUUACCGGUCAUACCUGGAGGUGGUAGAGCAGAGACUGUUUUGCAAGCUCUUAAUUCAUCAUAUCUUUGGGAGCACUGCAAAGUUCUGAAGCUAACAAAAAACAUGAGAUUGCUCGCUGGGCUUACUGAUGAUGCAGCAAAAGACCUUCAAUCCUUCUCAAAAUGGAUUUUGGAUGUUGGAGAUGGAAAAAUAAAUUUGCCAAACGACGGUCAGGUUGACAUUGACAUCCCUUCUGAUCUGUUGAUCAAAAAUAUUGGAGAAGAUCCGAUUCAAACUAUUGCAAAGGAGUUGCCAGGUGAAUACAAGGUUUACCUUAGCUCUGACAGUAUAAUCCCAUCCGAUGUUGAUGUAGAAGAAAAUGUUACCUAUCCAACAGAGUUUUUGAACAGUGUUAGAGUGGCAGGAAUGCCUAGACAUAAUUUGAAGCUGAAGGUUGGUGCUCCUAUUAUGUGUCUCCGUAACUUGGAUUUGGUAGAUGGCUUAUGCAAUGGUACUAGGCUAAUUGUUACUCAGUUGCUCCCACAUGUUAUAGAAGGUAGAAUUAUAACUGGAAACAGUACUGCUGGAGACAAAGUCUGGAUUCCUAGAAUGUAUGUCAGUCCACCUGACACAAAGUUUCCCUUCAGAAUGCGUCGAAGACAGUUUCCCGUUACACUGGCUUUUGCGAUGACCAUCAACAAAAGUCAAGGUCAAACACUAGAAAGUGUUGGUUUGUUUUUGCCUAGGCCAGUGUUCUCACAUGGUCAGCUCUACGUUGCACUUUCAAGAGUUAAGUCGAGAUCUGGAUUAAAAAUCCUAAUAACUGGUAAAGAAAGGAAGGCCGAGACAAAAACAUUGAAUGUUGUCUACAAACAAGUUUUUCAAAAUAUUCCAUAG